UGCAAACCUAGCACAAAAUUUAGCUGUUGAAAUUACGGGAAAUAAGACUUGUUCGCUAUUUCCCUAUUCUCUUUCAAUUCUGUUGCGAAAUUAGAAUAUGCAUGCAGUGGGCUGGUCUCCCGGUUGCUGUACGGGCUCUGUCUUUCUGGGUAUCGUAUGGUAUUGAAACAGUGCACUUUCUCUUUCCCUUUGUUCUUAUUUUUGUUUUGGCUUUACUGCACAAGUGCUAAAUGUGGCUAAGUGUGACUUCUGUUUAAGCGUAAAGGUCCUUAGCAACGUCCUUUCUCAGAGCUCGGAGUGAGAUUUCAGGAUGCCUAAGGCAGACCAUGCCACUCAUGUUCGCCCGUUGCUAUUCUUUGACCAACGGUCCACCAAACGUCUCCUGGAGGUGUAUGUCAAGCGCAGCCUGAGUCUCAAUGAUGCAGGUCCAUCUGGGAAAUGGAGGCUGAAAUCCCAUAAAUGGGUGACACAGCCCCAGGGCAGCAGCCAGGCCCGGCGGGCGGUCAGUGACAUCUCCAGUCACCGCCAGUCCAUUGAGAGGGUCCUAAAAACCACAGAGUUCGACAAACUGUGUGAAUCAGACUCUAUGUUGUCUUCAUCCAGGCUUUGCAGUCUGAGUAUAGAAAAGCAAACCCAGAAUCCAACAAAGCCUGCAAGAAAGUCGUUCUUACGGGUUUUCUUCCAGUGGUUCUCAAGGAAUGGGUCUGAGAGAAGGGCAGAAGGUGUGUCUCCUACACACACCAGUUGCUCUUCAGAGUGCAGAGUCCAUGUAACCAGACUGAGCCCUGAAGGUGCUAGUGAGUCUUCGCCUCACCCUUCCAAAGCUGUGAAAAAGAAGCAUUCUUUUAAAAGGAUCUCACUCAGGAAUCGGGAUAUGGACAAGUCUGAGUCUUCGCAAAAGCCUUUUACUCUCUCUCCUGGGGACAUGGUGAGGCCGCUUGAUGUUGUGGAGCCGACCAACGCGUAUUUUGAGAAUGUUUCUAAGGAGAUGGAGCGCAUUGUGAAGGAAGUGAAGGGCAUUCCAGUUGGAGAUGGAGCUGGGAGUCAGGCUGCUGCUGCUGCUGUAGGAGGGUGGAGUCCUCCAACAGAUGAUGUCACAAUUGAGAAGAUAAUCACUCUGAUGAAACAACAUGGAGAUGCCAUUAAUGAGAAGAUUCAGAAGGACAGCACAAUGAAGCUUUUCUUCCAGAGAUUGUCCUACACUUCCUUCCAGAAGCUUGCUGAUCAGUACAUAUCCCAGAUCCCCCAGACUCAGGAGCAGGUUUCCCAUGCUGCCCCAGAGCUCGUACAGCUUGCCUUCACCCUGGACUUCACUGCGAAGGUGGCAGGACUCUCCAGCCAGGCAGUCAGCCGAAUUAUGGGCUUUGGGAACCAGUACCUUCAGGAUCGUUUCACCCAAAUAUGUUCAGUCCACAGCAACAACACAAGGGUGGAUGAAGACGUGGAAAAACAGUGCAACAGUGAUCCGGAAUAGUAACACUGAACCCAUGAACCCAGCAUCUAUAUCUGCUACUUCUGUGAACAGUGCUACUGGCAAGUAAACGGCUGCUUCCACAGCGUUUGUGGUUUUGAAACAGAACAGCAGGCCUGAAGGCCUGUGGGAUUUGCUGCAGUCAUAGUACUUUAUUAUUUUAUUACAUAAAGUACUUUAUUAUAUAAUACUUUAUUUAGUACUUUAUUAAUAACAUUUCUGUGAUAGAAAUAUUUAUUUCAAACACAACAAUUUUAGGGAUCAUAAAAUUCAGACGAGAGCACUCAGAAGGGAGAGAUUUCAGGAGAUAUUCUUUGCCUGUAUAAAUUCAGAAUUUUAUGAUUUCAGUGAGCCAUAACAACUUGCCCAAACCAUUUUGACAUGUCACAAGAAUCACAUCCUGACAAACCAAUUAUGGCAUGCCUUACUGGUGCUUUUAUUUCCUACAUCUUCCUUUUAUACUGUGAACCAAAUGUGAUUUUUUUAAUGUAACUUUCUUUUUCACAGGCAUUUCAACAUCACUUUAAUUGAAUGUAAUAAUUACUAUUGCUUAAUAUUUAUAGACUUUGAUUAUUGAAGGAUUGUGCCUAACAUGAUGAUUAAAAAAAACCAAUCUUCUUCUGGUUCCUAAUAAGAAUGCAUUUAGUGUAAGCAUAACUAAUAUAUUUGGACAGCAUUAAGCAGAAGUGUAUUUAGGUACAAAUUUCUGCCUAUUCGUGUUAAUCACAAUCCAUUUCAAUAGCUGUAGUCGUUGCUGCUAUUCCAUUAUCAUCUCAUGGACAUUUUUAACAUAGUGUUCAUAUUGGACAAAUAACCAUUUAAAUAAAUGGAGAAUAAAAAUUAAGCCUUCUCCAAAAAUCAAAGUGAACUUUCCAUCAUUUAUUGGUUUAAAAUAUCCACUAUGGUCUAAUGUGCCAUUAUCCAGAAAAGGUAAAUUAUGAACCAUCUUUUGCUUUUUCAAGUAGAUUCAUUCUUGCUCUGUUGUGAUAGUGUCUAUUUUUUUCUGAGUUAUCAAAUUGUCCACAUGCCCCCAAUGUAGGUUUCAAUGCUAGGUGUCUUCAGCCUUCUGAUCACCAGCACAUCCCAUCAACUGUAAUCAAAACUGUAAUCUGCUAUUUACCCAGACUGCAAGCCUACACAGUUUGAAAGUCACUAUCUGAGUUUAUUUCCAAGCUUUAUUUUCAGUAGUUAAGCUCUUUUUUAUUUCAUGGUUUUGGUCCUGAGCCUGUGUUUUCUGGUCUUUCUUUCUGUAUUGCGUUUAGCCGUUUACAUUUGUGUUUUGACUCAAGAAUGUGGUUUGAUUUCUUUUGCUCUGUUUGUUCAGUAUGUCAUUAAAUCUU